UGAGCUCAGCCUGGAGCGAGCCUCACUGAGCAUGCUCAGUAGCGUUGGCGUGGUCUGGUGGCUCUGAUUGGAAAUGGGGAAACUGGAUCAGUCCCAGUUUGUUCCUGGAGUUAGUGGGAAAGGUGUGACAUCACCUGCUGUUCUCAACUGGGCGGAGCCACAGUGAUGUCACAGCGGUCUGCAUCAAGGUGUGACGUCACUUCCCUCCAGGUGAUGAACCAGGAUGUCAGACGGGAAGCAGCGCAGUCUGUCCACUUCUGGAGAAUCUCUGUACCAGAUCCUCGGCCUGGAGAAAGGCUGCAGCCAUGACGACAUCAAGAAGUCCUACAGGAAGCUGGCGCUGCGGUUCCACCCGGAUAAGAACCCGGACAACCCGGAGGCGGCGGAGAAGUUCAAGGAGCUGAACAACGCUCACUCGGUGCUGGCCGACCUCAGCAAGAGGAACAUCUACGACUCGUACGGCUCCCUGGGGCUCUACGUGGCGCAGCAGUUUGGAGAGGACAACGUCAACACCUACUUCAUGCUGUCCACCUGGUGGGCCAAGGCUCUGUUCCUGCUGUGCGGCGUUCUGACCGGAUGUUACUGCGGCUGCUGCCUCUGCUGCUGCUGCAACUGUUGCUGUGGGAAACUCAAACCCACUGCUGCGGGCGAGGGGGCGGAGCCAGAGUACGUCUCCCCUGACGACCUGGAGGAGGAGAUUCGCAACAAUCCUGACAACGAUGUAGAGACACCGACCGUCCAGCAGCCCAGCAGCGCCAGCGAGAAGACACAGCUGAUCGGUGACGGCCACCGCAGAUACGGAGACACCUACACCUGAGAGGGCAAGCAGACCCCAAGCAAGCCCCGCUGACCCCGCUGACCCCAAGCCCC